CGCUGGUAGAAGGUGCAGUUGGCAAUACGCUCGGGGUUGUAGCAGCAUGGUCCGCCUCACCAAGGUCUCGAGCCUCUUUGUGCUCCUCUGCACCAUCAACAUGCUCAACUACAUUGACCGGGGCAUCAUCCCCGGGUCGCCCAACACGUUCCAGAGCUUCAUCAACAAGGCGCUCGACAAGGAGGGCACCGCCGAGGCCAACACGUACAUGGGUCUCCUCGUCUCGGCGUUCAUUGCGGGCUACUCGGUCUUUAGCAUUGCGUUUGGGUACUGGGUUAUCUACUAUCGCCCGUUCGUGCUCAUCGCUGCCGGUAUGGCCACGUGGUGCGUGGCCAUGGUGCUCUGCGGCCUCGCCGAGCCGUUCAACAACCUCAACGUGCUCCUCGUCGGGCGCAUUCUCAGUGGCGUCGGCGAAUCGAGCUUCCAAGCAAUUGCGCCAUCUUUCAUUGACGACCACGCGCCGCCGGCGAAGCGCACGCUCUGGCUCGGCGUCUUCUACUGCGGCAUCACGGUCGGCACGGCGGCGGGCUACUUUUAUUCGGCACUCUUUGCGUCCACAAUCGGGUGGCCGUGGGCCUUUCACUUUGAGGGUAUCCUCAUGGUACCGCUCGUGCUUCUCUGCAUCUUUAGCAUUCCCAACCAGUACAACGUGCCCGCGGGCUUGGUCGCUCGCCAGCGCGCCCACACCAUGACGCCGCAGCUCCAGGAUCCGCACCGCGCGACGGUCGAGUUCCACCAAGGUACCGCGGACGCCGACUUGGCCGCCAACGACCUCUCGCAUGAAUGCAUCAUGCAGUCGACCUUUUCACUAGUCGCUCAAGUCACGGACGAAGAGCCCGAGGUCAAGAAGGUCGCUCUGCACAUGGAAGUGUUUUCGAUUCUCAUGUCGCCGCUCUUUAUGCUCGUCGCCCUCGGGUCGGCCGCGUACAUCUUCUCCAUCUCGGGCCUCGGUGCGUUUGGUCCAUCGCUCUUGAUCGGCCUUGGCCUCUUUGAGGAGAGCUCGGCCGCCAUGGUGUUUGGCGCCAUCAUCGUCGUCGCUGGUACGAUCGGCACGCUUCUCGGCGGCCUCUUCCUCGACCGGUCGUGUGCGCUGGACCCGGACAACGAAGAGUUUCGCAUGUACAAGGCGACGCGGCAGCUGUGUAUAAUGCUCGCGACCGGCACGGCGUUCCUUGUCCUCUCGUGGAUCGCGCUCGAGUGGGAUAAGAUCUUGUCGAUCGGCAUCCUUGCGAUCGCGCUCGCGUUUCUCUUUGGGUGCGUCCCGGCGUCGGUCGUGGCCAUUCUGCUCUCGGUCGACAAGCGCCGGCGCGGCCUCGCCCUCGGUAUCAACACGCUCCUCGCGCACGUCCUCGGCGACGUGCCCUCGCCCAUCGUGCUUGGUAUGCUCAAGGACAAGUGGGCGCCGCACUGCAAUACGCUCGAGGACGGCGUCUCGCUCAACCCGCUCUGCGCCAAUGACCGGGACGGGCUCAAGCAAACGCUGUUGUUUCCGUACCUCUGGCUCAUUUGGGCGAUCGUCCUGGCCGCGAUCGCGGUCGAAGUGUCGCGCCGAAAAUUGCUCAAAAAGAAGCUCGCGAUUGGCAUUGCGCGCCGCGAGACGCACGUGGCUGUCAUGGAGGCCUAACGCGUUUGUUCCGAUGUACUCUAUAAUCCACUACCGCAUAUCGGACUAGACAUUUAAGUUAAUGGACUGAGGUUGGUGUUCUCUAAA